UCCUCUCUCCCAAUCCAUUACCCAACAGAAAAUACUGAAGAUGGCUCAACACGGUUCAUUAGAAGAAUUUUUGGCUGUUGCAGUUGAUGCAGCUAAGAGAGCUGGAGAGAUAAUACGCAAAGGAUUUUACGAGACUAAGAUUGUGGUGCACAAAGGCCAGGUGGAUUUGGUCACAGAGACCGACAAGGCAUGUGAAGAUCUCAUAUUCAAUCAUCUCAAGCAACAUUUUCCAAAUCACAAGUUCAUAGGUGAAGAAACAACUGCUGCUUGUGGAGAUUUUGAGCUAACCGAUGAACCAACUUGGAUAGUUGAUCCUGUUGAUGGAACAACUAAUUUUGUGCAUGGGUUCCCCUCUGUCUGUGUCUCAAUUGGUCUCACAAUUGGAAAGAUUCCAACAGUUGGCGUUGUUUACGACCCAAUUAUCGACGAGCUUUUCACUGGAAUCCACGGGAAAGGUGCAUUUCUCAAUGGGAAGCCUAUCAAAGUAUCUUCAAAAUCCGAACUUGUAAAGUCCCUCCUUGGCACAGAGGUUGGAACAACACGGGAUAACUUAACUGUAGAAGCUACAACAAAGAGAAUCAAUAACCUGCUUUUCAAGGUUAGAUCCCUCCGAAUGUGUGGUUCAUGUGCACUUGAUCUCUGUUGGGUGGCAUGUGGAAGGCUUGAUCUCUUCUAUUUAACUGGAUUUGGAGGCCCUUGGGACGUGGCAGGUGGCGCCGUAAUAGUGAAGGAAGCUGGAGGUGUCCUGUUUGAUCCAUCUGGUUCAGACUUCGACAUUACAGCCCAACGGGUAGCUGCUACAAACCCUCAUCUCAAGGACGCAUUUAUUGAGGCGUUGCAGCAGUCAGUAUGGGUAUCGUUGGAAAUGAACGAAGCUCCUGUAUAACCAGUUAAGUUCUUUCAUUAUUAAACCUGGUAAAGCUAUUCUUUUGGUCUUACUCCAUCUUCAGGAUGUGUGAGCAUAUUAGGCCAAGAAAAUUCACUUAUUAUCCUGCAUUAGUAGUUUCUCUUAAGCAUGCAAGUCAGCUUUAUGAUUAAGAGAGGAGACCGGAUAUUGCUACUGCAACUGAUUUUCGUUUAGUCAGCUACUGUUAUCUUGUUAUAAAAAAGGGUAGCCCGGUGCACUAAGCUCCCGCUAUGCGUGGGGUCCGGGAAAGGACCGGACCACAACGGUCUAUUGUACGCAGCCUUGCCUUCCAUUUCUGCAAGAGGCUAUUUUCACGGCUCGAACCCUUGACCUCCUGGUCACAUGGCAACAACUUUACAAGAUAUGCCAAGGCUCCCUUUCUACUGUUAUCUUGUUAUAUGGCGCAAAGAACUUUCUGUAAAGCUCUUGUAUGACCUUCAAAUUAAAAAUGUCAUUUUGUUUCUUUCUUU